AUGUUUUCACACACACACAGACACGCACACACACAGACAGAUGUUGGGUGUUGUGUUGUUGUGAAAGCUAGUUUUGAGCUGAUCCGGAAGCACAGGAGUGAGGUGAGCUGUGGGAACCUGGCGUCACACUUUCACAGAGAAAACCACUUCCGGAACAAAACCAGCUCUGAUUUACAACACGAGCCCGAAGCCGGUGCCACAGACCCCCCUCUGCAGCCCCCCCUCUACAGCCCCCCUUCUGCAGCCCCCCCUCUGCAGCCCCCUUUCUGCAGCCCCCCCUCUGCAGAACCCCCUCUGCAGACUACAAACCCUGCUCUCUCAGAGGUAAGAAGACCAUGGGGCUGUUUCCAAAUCACAUUAUUCUAA